AUGAUCGUCCUGCUGUGUCACAGCGGCUCUCACGUUUCCGCUCUUAGAACAAAGGAGGUCGAUCGAGCCGUCAACGGCAUCUCGCAACACCCGGCGUACCAAGGCCUCCACAAAUUCGUCGACGACUAUCUGAAGUCGAAGAUCCCUCUAACGGACAUAACCAUCUUGCUUCCGGCGAACAUUGCGGCGCUUCAGAGCUACACCAAGGACCAGCAGUCGACGAUUCUCUCUUAUAACACGAUCGCUACGCGAUACCUCUUCCGCAACCUCACCGAUAUCCCCCCCGGCACCCAGAUCGACACUAUCGAGGGAAACCUUGUCGCGAAGCGCGGUCCCAAGGGCCGGCCAAUUGUCACGUUUCAAGGUGGGUCGAAGCUGCCGACAGCUCUGGUCGUGCCGAACCUGUGGGUAGGUUCGGACUUCACCAUCCAGGGUACGAGCACGCUGCUCAUCCCGCCGGACCUGAUCCCCGCAGCGAGCACCACGAGUCUCCGCGGGGGAAUCGGACGCGCUAUUGGCGGGACCGUUAGAGACACUGUGACCAAUUUCAAGGGCAAUCAGCACAAGAGCUUCACCAACUUGGAUGAAGCUCUAUCCUACCUCGCCCUGGCUAACGCGCUCUACCGCAUGGAGUUUGACGGGGCAUCCAAGGGCAACCCGGGGCGGGCAGGCGCGGGGUCGGUGCUGUGGGAUGAAGGGGGCAACGAGAGCAGGGGCAACUGGGGGCGGGCAGGGGCGGGCUCUAUGCUGUGGGAUGAGCACGACAACGAGCUGGUGUGUAUGAGGGAGGGAGUGGGGCACGGCACGUGCAACAUGGCAGAGUAUCGCGCGUUCAUAGGGGGGGUGGAGCUGGCUCUGGCUCUCGGCAUCACACGGCUGCAUGUGCAAGGAGACUCCAUGCUCGUGGUCAUGCAGGUGCAGAAGAAGUGGAAGGUGAAUGCGGAGAUGCUGAGGGGGGAGUGCAAGCAAGCACAGGAACUGGUGACUCGGUUCAAAGAAAUCUCCAUCCGCCACGUGCCCAGGGAGUGCAACCAGCUGGCGGAUCUCCUCUCCAACGAAGCCGUGCCUCUUAAAGAGAACCAACGGGUAAUCAUCCCCUCCAUCUGCACAACCCGCUUUCUCCACGGCACCACCGCCAACACCACCACUGCCCUCCUCUCCUUACGCUCCCUCUCCCCAUUUCUUUCCCCCCUCCCCUUACCCCCAUCCAGAGAAGCAACGGGUAAUCAUCCCCUCUACCUGCACAACCCGCUUUCUUUCUUCUCAUGA